AUGAGCUGGUAUAAAGAAUUGACAGAGCCAAGAUUAACUAAGCCAUUAUCUGCACACAUAGAGUCCCCAAAUGGGUAUUUAGAGGUCACAAAGUCGAAAAAGGCACCAACAACAAGUCAACCGCAACAUGUGGAGGCAUUGAAGAUAAAGAAAGCUUGGGAAAUAGCAACAGGUCCAGGUGAACAAAUUCCAAUGAAUCUAUUUAUGAGUUAUAUGUCUGGUAACUCUUUGCAAUUGAUUCCAAUAACGAUGACAUUAAUGUUGUUCACAGGCCCUUUGAAAGCUAUAGUGUCUGUCAAUAGUGCAUUCCAAGGCUUGGAGUCAGAGAAAACAAAACAAGAUAUCCUUCUAGCAAAGUUAACAUAUGUUUUUCUACAACUUGUGGUGGUUGCUAUUGGUGUCUACAAGUUGAAUAGCAUGGGAUUGAUUCCAAAUAGAAAAGGUGAUUGGCUUUCAUGGGAAAUCCCAACGCAUGUGAGUAACAUUUCCAGCAGACUUCUCGGUUAA